UUCAGGGUGCUUUGAUCAUCUAAUUCUACAUAAUUUAGAUCUGGGGGAAAAAUGCAUUGUUUUUUUUUAAUAAAAUAACAAACCUUCAUAAACAUCUUUCUGUUUUAAAUUUUGAUGUUUUGCUGUAACUUUGUCCAAACUUACAUUUUCACUGUGAAACAGUUUGGUGUGAGUUGUAAAAUCUAUACUGGAGGGCUUUAUUUCUUACAGUUCUUAGAAACUGCAUGUUCCAACGUGAAAUUAUAUGAAAGUUUUUUUUCUGGGAAUUUAUUGAAGUAGGAAGGCCUUCUUCAAUUUUAGCAAUUCUUGGAAUUUCUGUCAAAGUUUUCUGGAAAAUGCAUGACAGCAAACUUAAAGUGCAGGUUGUGAACAGUGGAAGGGUAGUUUUUUUUUUUUGGGAUCCAUCUGCAAAGAGUGGUGCUGAUGGAUUGCAUUAGAGAAUUCAAAGCCUCUGUUGGCAGCGUGUCAUUACUAAGACUCCAGUUUUUGCGCCUCCAGGCGCCAUGCGUAACUUUCCGCUCGGGGAGGCGCUCCAGUGGUCCUGGCUGUGGAUCUGGUGGGUGUGUGCGGACUAUUUAAGCACAUGCCGCUCGCACAUUCUGCAUCCCGUACCUCAGUCGUUUUAGCGCAUCAUUUGGCAGCAUGACUUCCAGCAACGAGACACCCGUCGGGUCAUUUGAGAACCCCAUCAAGUUUCGGGACCAGGAUUACGAAACUCUCCGGGAGCAGAGCCUCAAGUCCAAGAAGCUGUUUUCAGACCCAACAUUCCCAGCUGAGAAGAAGUCCAUCGGGAUGCCUGAAGAUCCCAGUCCAGGAAAGGCAAUCACGUGGAAACGACCCAAGGAAAUCAGUCCGGAUGCUGUGUUUGUGGAGGGCACCACUGGGACCACUGACAUCUGUCAGGGCCAACUGGGUGACUGUUGGCUCCUGGCGGCUUUAUCUGCUCUGACCAUCCACCCGACACUCUUUGUGAAGGUGGUGCCCUCCAACCAAACCCUGAGUGACCCUUACGCAGGGAUCUUUCGCUUUAGGUUCUGGCAGUAUGGUGAGUGGGUGGAGGUGGUUGUGGAUGACAGGCUGCCAGUACGGGAAGGCCGUCUGCUCUUCAGCUACUCUAACACCCGCAAUGAGUUCUGGAGCGCUCUGGUGGAGAAGGCCUAUGCCAAGUUAGUGGGAUCCUACGCCAGCCUGAAGGGGGGUAACAUUUCAGAAGGUAUGGAGGAUUUCACCGGAGGGAUUGCACGCUCCGUUUUGGUCUCCUCUCGUACCCCUCAGGUGCUCUGGAGGUCUCUGACCGCGGCGCUGUCCAGAGGUAGUCUGCUCAGCUCGUUCAUCCAGGCCUGCAACUCCCGUGAAGUUGGGAAAGUGACGGCAGAUGGACUGGUGAAGGGCCAUGCUUACGCCAUCACUGAGACUCACAAAGUGAAGAAAGGGUCAGAGGAGGUUUUACUGCUGAGGCUGAGGAAUCCGUGGGGCUUUAUUGAAUACUCUGGACCCUGGAGUGAUAAGGGCAACGAGUGGAACAGCCUUGACGCAUCAGAGAAGCAACAAAUUGAGCUGAAAAUCAAAGAAGACGGAGAGUUCUGGAUCAGCGCAGAUGACUUUAGCCGAAUCUUCAACGUGGUGGAGGUCUGCAGCGUGAGUCCGGACUCUUUUGAAGAGGGGGAUGCAUCUGCCAGCCCGGGAGGUUGGGUUAUCAGUGAGCACAAAGGAUCCUGGGCACCUGGGUUCUCCGCUGGUGGAAGCCGACGAUACAACAGAUCCUUCUGGAAGAACCCACAGUUCCAGCUGGUGCUCAGAGAGCAGGACCAGGAAGACGAGGAGGACAGUGAGGAGGAAGAGGACGAUAACGACGAUGAAGACAAAAUAGAUGAGGGCAAUGAGAUGAUGAGCUCAGAGGAGAAGACGAGAGUGGAGAAGCAGAAGAAGAGAGCAAAGCAGUGCACUGUUCUGGUGGAGCUUCUGCAGAAAAACGGCAGGCAGAAUGACCAGAUUAACUUUAUGUACAUUGCUUUCCACGUCUACAAGGUUCCUCUUGAGCAACAAGGUAACUGUCUGGACCGCAGUUUCUUCAUGAGUAACCGCCCAGUGGGUCGUUCUGGAAAAUACAAGGCUCAGAGAGGAGUGUGGAGGAAACUGCGGCUGGAUCCCGGGAACUACAUCAUCGUGGGAUCCACGUACCGCCCGGACAAGGCCGGAGAGUUCUUUAUUCGCAUUUUCUCCAAGAUCAAAAACACUCUGGGGACGAAUGAUUUUAGCUGCACCUCCAGCUAUCUACCAGUUAUGGCCGCUCCUGUUUCUCCAGAAGAUCAAAUGCGAGUUGAGAGCACUUUCAAUAAAAAAUCUGGCCCUGAUGGCAGACUCAACGCCAAAGAGGUCAUGAAGAUGUUGAACUCAGUUCUUGAACAAAUAUACCAUCUACCGCUGGACAUUGUCAGACAGCUAAUCUUUGGAAUGAAUACUAAAGGACGAUCCACUCUCAGCCGCAAGCAGGCACAAACCCUGAUGUCUGAUGUGCGCAGUCUGCAGUCCAUCUUUGUCCAGUACGAUGAGGACUCCUCUGGAACCAUGAGCCCCUUUGAGUUCAGCGUGGCUCUGGAUGCUGUCGGGAUGAAGUGCGAUUCGUCUGUGAUGCAGCUGCUGUCGGAGCGGUUUGUGACUGGAGAGCUUCACAUGCCCUUCCAUUGCUUCGUGUCAUGCAUCACCAGGCUCCGCAAGCUCUUUGCUCUGUAUGAAUCAGAGACGAGUGAGGAGGUAAAAAACAGAGGGAUCAAUGCUUGGCUGCUUCGGUUUCUGACCGUGUGAAGACAAAAAAGUACCUGCCAAGACGUGCCCCACGUUUAAAAUGAGCAAAAAGGAUUAUAAACUUGAGUUUACCCAGCUUUUAUUAUUAACAGUUUCUGAAUUUCAUUUCCCACCUUGUUGUCUUUCUGGUUUCUUCACAUAAAAAUCCAUUAUAAGUGAAAUAGUAAAUGUGUUUUAAAAUGUUUAGAGCUUCUUUAAAAAAUUAUACUACAUUUCUUCUUUUGAUACAUCUAAAAAUAACUGUUGAAAUAUCAAAGACAAUUAGCUGUAACCUUUACUUAGGUUUUCAAUAAAGGAAUUGGGUAUGUGUUAAAAAAAGAAGGUUUCUCAACAUUUUUGUAUUUUGACAAUUAAACGUUAAUGUCAAAAUGUUCUGUAGGGGAAGUUGGAAGAAAGAUACUUUAAUUUUAGUAUGCUGGGGUAAAAAAAGGAAAAUAAAGUGUCCGCAAACCAAGUCAGGGGGAAAGAAGUGGCAGUUGGACGAACCUGGAUGAGGACACAGGAAAACAAAGAUCCACAAAAAAUGCAGAGGUACCACUCUGACGGAAAUAAAGUACACAACAAAACGAAAUAACGAGAAAAAUAAAAUUAAAUAUGGCAACAGCCAUUGUCACGUUAAAUCAUAUUAUUAUAUCUUUAAAAGUGAAAAAUCAAAAGAAUAAUUAUUCAGUAAUUCAAUCUGUGAACAAAAAAGUGGUGAAGAACUGGUGGGCAAACAAGCAGCGAUUGAUUGAUUGAUUGAUUGAUUUUCAAUCGCACGAUUUAAUUCAAAAAUAUGAACAUAAUAUAGAAAAAGUGAUAAAGUACAAAAAAUGAGUGGGUAGAAAGAAUACUAGUUCUCCACUGAAUUUGAUAAUAUUUUAUGUAAACAUUUUUACAUAUUGAACGUAUGAUAAUUCUUUAAAUAUACAAGACAAAAAGAAAAAAAAAUCAAUAAAGAUAAGCAUCAAAAGACCUUAACAUUAUUUGUAGACAAUACAUUGUCUAGGUGGGUUUGUUAUUUUAUAAUUUAUACAUUUCCAAGAGUUUCAAGCUUGUUUUUGUUGUUUUAAACUGUGUACCAUCGUUAUUCAUUUUGAUACUAUUAUUCAAGUUAUAGAGGGAUCUUAGUCUCAAUUCAGGGCUGAACAUUCAGUCAAUUAGGAAAUUGAUUUUCUCCAUCAAUUCAUGAAAAUGUAUUAAAUGAAAUUAGCAAACUUUUUUACUCAUGGGGCACAAAGGGUUCUAAACUGGACAGACGGGUCGGAUCAGAUGCAUGAAGUGUUUUGGUAAGCAACUUCAUAUGAGAAAGAAACAAACAUGGAAUCUGGACAAAAACAUGCUAUUUUUAUUCAAAAACGUUGGUUUUAUUCCUGUUUUAGUGCCAAAUGCACUAAUCUGUUGA